ACCGCUUAAACUUUGUUUUUAUACAGCUUUAAUCUUUUCUUGGGAGAUUUAACGCUGAAUAAUUGCCCAAGCAGAAGUUGCGUGUUAAAUGUUUUUGGCGCGGAAAACCAAUCUACUAAACACACAAUUGAUACAGCUCCGUCAAGCAUUUCGUCGCGCAUUUGUGAUUGGCAUGGCAGGCAGCUACAACCUACAGGAGGUCGAGGGCGAUCUCUUCUCGGCGCCCAAGACACACUCUCUGGCUCAUUGCGUGGGUGCCGAUUUGGCCAUGGGCGCUGGCAUAGCAGUCAAGUUCAAGGAGGUCUAUGGCAAGGUGGACGAGUUGCGCGCCCAAAAUGUGAGCAGUGGAGGCGUGGCAGUACUGCAGGAUGACAAACGUUACAUCUACUAUUUAGUCACAAAGCCACAAAGUUGGGGCAAACCUACAUACGAAUCUCUACAAGCAUCGUUGGAACAGAUGCGCGAGCAUAUGCGCGAGAAUGGCAUUAAUCAAUUGGCUAUACCCCGCAUAGGCUGCGGCAUCGAUGGCUUGGAAUGGGACAAAGUCAAUGCGGUACUGGAGGAAGUAUUUGGCAAAGAACAGUUGGAGAUUGUGGUUUAUAACUUUGUGCCACCAACGCAGGCCAAGUAACAACUAGUUCAACAGCAUCUGCUUCAAAAAUGUCAACAAGCAUGUCUUUUACUUUGGGCCAGGCCAGACCAUCGAGGCCGCAUCCAAUACGUGGCAGUGCCAAUUUAGUAACACGAUGUGCGAGC